AUGAAGAAUAUUAUAUUGGCGAGGGCUUCUUGCAGUGGAACAUCGACAGCGGAUUGCUUGAAAGAUUGUGAGCUAUUCGUUGAGGACAAUGUUUCAAAUAUUGUUUAUUUCGUUAAUCAGGAUAAUGUUAUUAUGCUGGACUCUGAGAUGAUGGUGAAAGAUGUUGUCCAAUGGAAUGACGAGUUCAACUCCAGCCCCGUCAAAGUAGAUCUUCUUCAGGACUCAAAUGAGCUUUGCAUAAUACUCAGUAAUGGGCAAGUAGUCACAAUGGAUGUCGAAUCUCAAGCGGUAUGCAGCGCUUGUUUUCUUGGAGAGGAGUGCUCAGUCGCGUGUUGGAGUCCGGAUCAAACCAUUCUGGCAGUUGUUGAAGGCAAUAGAAUCGUAUUCUACGACCGAUGCUUUGAGAUACGUGGAGAGUGGCAAAUGUCGAGUAGUGAAGCUGGUAAGGACUCUUUGGUCACGAUAGGAUGGGGAGCUGCUGAGACGCAGUUUCAGGGCAGUGCUGGAAAGGCCGCACGUGAGAAAGUCAUCGAAGUUUCUCGUAAUGCACUUCCAAAUGAUACACAUAAAUCAUAUAUAAGGUGGCGUGCUGAUGGUUUGUAUGUGACUGUGUCGUUCUACGAGGAGCAGUCUGGCGAAAGACGAGUUGCGAUAUUCAAUCGCGAUGGUGAGUUGAUGGCGCGGCUGAAAAAUACAGAACCUAUGGAAGAGGUGAUUGCUGUGCGGCCUAGUGGAAACUAUAUUGCCACAACGAAGCAGGCUGCAGAUGGCAGCCGUGCGAUGGUAUUCUACGAAAGAAAUGGAGAGAAACGACAUGAAAUAUCGAUGCCAUCUAAAAUUGACCAAUACCAGUUGAUAGACAUGCAGUGGGAUGUUGACUCAUCGUGCUUGUGUGUUCAUUUGCGAUCGGAGCAUGCAGAUGAACUGGAGUUGUGGUCGGUGUCGAAUUACGACUGGAAACGUCAAUGGACGGCACGGUUUCGCCACAAGAUUGUUCUUUGGCAAUGGCACUCCGAAAAGAGUCGACAGAUGUAUGUGCUCUUUGACGAUGGUUUCUUCUCUCACCUAAUUUUUGCUGUCACGCCAACAGUUGCUGGAUCUGAGUCAUUGGUCAUUGCUACCGAUGAACUCCGUUUCACCAACUUCAACAAAUUUCCCAUACCUCCACCUCUUUGCGAGAGGGCAGUUCCCCAUGUGGGUGGGAUUCACGCCGUAUUCUUCGACGGUUCGCGCUUGGCUGUACUAGACGCCGAUUUCACGGUGCAUACUUGUGAGUCAUCUUUACACUAUCUCACUCACUCUCAGGAAACUAUUUGA